CUCUCGAUCAUGCGUCCACUGCUUCUGCUACUCCUUCUCUUCAUCUCGGCUGUGGAUGCUGCCACAACCACAGCACCCAUGGUGUCGGUUUGCCAAGUGUGUGCCUCGACGGGUCGGUGCCUCAACGCGGGUCCCAACGGUGAUGCUGGCAAGUACUGCGGCAUCCUUCUCGACAAGGUCGCGCUGACAUCCCAAGCUUGCUGCUGCUCGGUCGCACAGAUUUGUCCGACGCCGAGCCAAGGCGCCGUGUGUGACUGCGCCGGCGUCAAGACGGCGCCCCCGGAGAAGGCCUCGUACAACUACACGUGGGUCAUCAUCGUCGCGUCGACGGUUGGCCCCUUCGUCCUAUAUGGUCUGUGCUGCUGCGGCGUCGGAUGCAUCGACGGGUGCAACGAUUGUUGCGCGGAGCGCCGGCAGCGCAAGGCUGCCAAGCAACGCGAGCGAGCGAAGCGGCAGCGCGAACGCGACGAACAAGCCGCGCAGGAGCGGGUCGAGGCCGCGAUGCCACAAGCCGUGAUUGUCUCCGAGAUUCCCGCGCCCACCGCCAUGUACGUUGCCCAAGCGACGCCCGUGUAUGCUGGGACUUUAAAGUAAUAACGGGCGAUUCGACAAC